UCCACACAAUGAAUUAUUCAAGAAGUGUAAUAUCACUAUCUCUCCUCUUCUCCCUUCUUCAAUCUCUCACAUUUGCUACCUCAUCCCACAAUGCAUUCAUUCAAUGCCUUGAAAACCAUUCCAAUUCAUCCAUUUCUUCCCUAAUUUACACUCAAAACAACUCCUCAUAUUCUUCAAUUCUCCAAAACUACAUAAGAAACCUUCGCUUCAAUGAAUCCUACACUCCAAAACCCCAAAUCAUCAUCACCGCCGGCCAAAUUUCCGACAUUCAAACCGCCAUCUUCUGCGGCAAAGCCCACAAAAUGCAGAUGAAAAUCCGAAGCGGCGGCCACGACUACGAAGGCGUGUCGUACUGGUCCGACGAGCCCGGCUUCUUCGUCUUGGACAUGUUCCGUCUCCGCUCCAUCGAAGUCGAUGUCCAAGACGAAUCCGCGUGGGUCGAGGUCGGGGCGACGCUCGGCGAAGUCUACUACAGGAUCGCCGAGAAGAGCCCCGUCCACGGCUUCCCCGCCGGAGUCUGCCCCACCGUCGGCGUCGGCGGCCACCUCAGCGGCGGGGGCUACGGCAACAUGAUGCGGAAGUACGGCCUCACCGUCGACAACGUCGUCGACGCGACGAUAGUCGAUGGCCAAGGCCGCCUCCUGGACCGCAGGGCCAUGGGGGAGGAUCUCUUCUGGGCCAUCACAGGCGGCGGGGGCUCGAGUUUCGGCGUCGUGGUGUCGUAUAAAAUCAAGAUCGUCCGCGUCCCGGAAACCGUGACGGUUUUCCGAGUCGCGAGGACUUACGGCGAAAAUUUCACCGAUCUCGUCCACCGCUACCAGGAGGUGGCGGAGGGCGAGUUUCCUAAGGAGCUUUUCCUUAGGAUGACUUUAGAUGUGGUCAACGGAACCAACAGGGCUACUUUCCUCGCGAUGUACCUUGGUAACUCGCAGGACCUUGUAGCCCUGAUGGACAACAGCUUUCCUGAAUUGGGACUACUGUUGUCAGAUUGUCAGGAAAUGAGCUGGGCCCAGUCAGUUCUUUUCUGGACAAAUUUCCCAUCAGGAACUCCAGUCACAGAGCUCCUGAGUAGGGUUCCGCAGUCUCUAACAUACCUAAAAAGAAAAUCGGACUACUUGAAAAAACCCAUUCCAAAACAAGCGCUAGAGCUCCUAUUCAAGAAAAUGGUGGAGCUCCGGACUCCCGCGCUAGCGUUCAACCCGUACGGCGGGAGGAUGGCCGAAAUUCCGGCAUCAGAAAAGCCGUUUCCGCACAGGGCCGGUAACAUUGCGAAGCUGCAAUACGCGACGAACUGGAACGAGCAAGGCGCUGAGGCUGCGAACCGGUACUUGACUCUCACGAGAGAGCUGUAUGAGUUUAUGACUCCGUACGUGUCCAUGGCCCCGCGCGAAGCCUUUCUGAACUACAGAGAUCUCGACAUCGGAGUAAACCACAAUGGGAGGAAUAGCUACUUGGAAGGUUUGGUGUUUGGCUCGAGCUAUUUCAAGGAGAAUUUCAAUAGGUUGGUGAAGGUGAAGACGAGAGUUGAUAAGGAUAAUUACUUUAGAAAUGAACAAAGUAUUCCAGUAUUCCCAUGGAAGAAGUGAUCGAAUUAAUAUAUGUAUAUGUGAUUGGAAUUGGACUAGUAUAGCUAGAUUUGUGAUUAUGGAAUUGAAGAAUAUGUAUCAUUUUAUUGUAAUUAAUAAAUUUAUUAGGCUA